AUGUCGUCUGGAAACAAGGGACCUACCAAGGGCGCUGCCGCUGGCAAGGCCAAGGCCAAGCCCGAGGCCAUCAAGGCCGCCGCCGCCAAGAAGGCUGCUCUCAAGGGCACCUCCGGCAACAAGAUCCGCAAGGUCCGCACCUCGGUCUCGUUCCACCGCCCCAAGACCCUCCGUCUCGCUCGUGCCCCCAGGUACCCGCGCAAGUCGAUCCCUCACGCCCCUCGCAUGGACGCCUACGAGACGAUCCUCUUCCCCCUCAACACUGAGUCGGCCAUGAAGAAGAUCGAGGAGAUCAACACCCUCGUCUUCAUCGUCGCUCGCACCGCCAACAAGCGCCAGAUCAAGGCUGCCCUCAAGAAGCUCUACGAUGUUGAGGCUCAGCACAUCAACACGCUCAUCCGCCCCGACGGCAAGAAGAAGGCUUUCGUCCGCCUCGCGGCUGACCAGGACGCCCUCGACAUUGCCAACAAGGUCGGCGUCCUCUAA